AUGUUCAACCUUGUUCGGCGUAAAGGCAUCCCCAUCAUCAACCUCGCUCUCACCCACUCUUCUUCAUCAUUCUCAUUUGACGCCAUCAUCCACAUCCUUAAGUCCUCCAACACCAUUGCUGAAGCCACCUUCCUCACCAAACAUCACCUCCAAAACUCCUGCAAAACCCAUACUUUCUUUUCCUCCCUUUUCCAAUCUCUCAGCCGCGCCAACCUCACGCCCCGAGAGUACGGCGUUCUCGUACUGGCCUUCUGCCAACUGGAUCUCGUCCAGGAAGCCCUCUGGGUCUUCAAAAAGCAUUCUUUUUUGCCUCCAUUACAACCUUGCAACGCGCUUCUUCAUGGCCUCGUCAAGACUCAGAUGUUUGAUUCAGCGUGGGAGGUGUACCGAGACAUGGUGUCGCGCGGGUUUUCCCCCACCGUCAUCACCUACGGCAUUUUGAUGAACUGUUAUUGUGUCCGGGGCGAUUUUAGCAACGCACGUAGGAUGUUCGAUGAAAUGCUUGAGAGAGGGAUUAAACCCAAUGUUGUAAUUUACACUAUUCUCAUUCGAGUGUUUUGCAACGAGGGUCAAAUGGGAGAAGCCGAGAGUUUGUUUGGACGAAUGAGGGAAUCUGGGAUGGUGACACCCAAUUUGUAUACUUAUAAGACCCUCAUGGAUGGGUAUAUCAAGAUGGGUUAUGUGACACGGGUUUUUGAUUUGUAUAAUGAUAUGCUAAAUCGUGGCUUGCACCCUGAUGUUGUCACUUUUGCUACUUUGAUAGAUGUUCUCUGCAAGAUGGGGGAUUUGAAGGCUGCGCGAAACUGUUUUGCUUAUAUGGCCAAGUUUGCUGUUAUUCCGAAUGCACAUGCUUAUAAUUCUUUGCUUGAUGGGUAUUGUAAAGCGGGCAACUUGUCUGAAGCAAUGCAUUUGUGGGUGGAAAUGGAAAGCUGUGGAAUUUUCCCUGAUGUUUUUACAUACAAUAUACUUAUCAAGGGUCUGUGUGACUCGGGUAGAUUGGAAGAAGCUAAGGGUUUGAUGAAAAAAAUGGAUGAAGUUGGGGUUCUUGCCAAUUUUGUGACCUACAAUAUGUUGAUUGAUGGCUGCUGUAAAACAGGUGACAUGGAGAAGGCUAUUGAGGUGUGUUCCCAAAUGAAUGAAAGGAAAAUUGAACCUAAUGUUGUCACGUUUUCGGCAUUGAUUGAUGGGUUUUGCAAGAAAGGCAAUGUAAAAGCUGCAAUGGGCUUGUACACAGAAAUGGUGAUCAAGGGUCUUGCACCUGACGUUGUAACUUACACAGCAUUGAUCGAUGGACACUGCAAGGUUGGGAGCACCAAGGAAGCUUUCAGAUUGUACAAGGAGAUGCUAGAUGCAGGACAGGCACCCAAUGUGUUAACAGUUAGUUGUGUAAUUGAUGGCCUUUUGAAAGAUGGAAAAAUGAACGAUGCAAUCAAACUGUUCUUGGAGAAAACUGGAGCUGGUUGCGCUGGUGCUAAAAUGAAUGUCAGGUUUUGCUCUCUGAACAGUGUAACGUAUGCUAUUUUAAUUCAAGGUUUAUGUAAAGAUGGACGGAUUUUUAAAACCACUAAAUUUUUUGCGGAAAUGAGAAGGAAUGGUUUCAUACCAGACAUGCUAGUUUAUUUCACCAUGUUGCAGACACAUUUUCAGUUCAAGCAUAUGGUUGAUGUAAUGAUGCUGCAUGCGGACAUGGUGAAAAUGGGUGUUAUGCGCAAUACUUCCUUAUAUCGUGUAUUGUCUAGGGGCUAUCGGGAGAAUGGAUAUUUGAAAUCAGCUCUUAUGUGUUCUGAGCACAUGAUGGAAUAUGUCAAGAUAUAUUAG